UCUUCACUUGAUUGCUGCCGCAGCACCGGCCGUGAGCUUGGAGCAAGCCUCGUGGUGUGACAGCCACCACAGCUCCACCGGCGGAAAUGGACUCUGGUGGUCGCCCUCCACAUCAGAAGUAGCCUCGCCAUUUGCACCGGACCCAGCAGCAGAGGCCGUGCCCUCCACCCUCACUUCCACAGCAUCAAGUUGUUCACCAUGGCACCUCGCGGGUUGGCCGUCAUCAUUGGUGCUGGUCCCACGUCUGGCGGCGGCAUUGCGCGCUUCCUGGCCACGCAGGGCAACCUGGCCGUUGCAGUGCUGGCGCGCAACGAGGAAAACCUCAAGCAGCUGUGUCAGACGAUCCGCACGUCGACACAGAGCGGCAGCACGCCCGUCGUAGAGGCCUUUCCCACCGACACGUCGCCCGAAUCGCUGUCCAGGACGUUCCAGGCAAUUGCCAGUCACCAGGCCUUUCACGGACUGAAGCUCCGCCUGGCCAUCUACCAUGUCAAGCACAGCUCCAAAGAGCCAUUCCUCGACACAAAGCCCGAAGACUUCUCAAAGAGCCUGCACACAUACACGACGGGCGCGUUUGCCUUUGCGCAGGAGAGCGUACGGCUGAUGUACGCGCAGAACGGCGGACAGACGCUCCUGGCCGACACACAGGGUGCCAAAAAGGGCACAGUCAUCUUUACCGGUACACUCGGUGCGCUGCGUACCAAUGCCGAGUAUGCAGCGUACGGUGCAACACGCUCGGCCGCGCGCAGCGUGGUGCAGGCCCUGGCCAAGGAGACGUCAAAGUACGGCAUCCACGCGGUGCACGCUGUCGCCAAUGGUCCCAUCCGUGAUGAGGACUCCGAGGAGACGCGCACGGGGGCGCGCAUGAGCGCCACUGCAGUGGGCGCAGAGUAUCUCCAUCUCAUGGAGCAGAGCCCGGCGCUGUGGACGCACGAGCUCGACCUGCGCCCGGCACAAGAGAAGUUCUAGAGACAGUUUUGUUGUUGUACCCUCUUGGUCUCAGCAGCGUAUUGCGGUAGUUUCUUAGUCUUCAAUGCGCCAGGA